AUGUCACGGAUUCUACCAAGUACAACAUUUGGCAAGGUAGCUCGCUGGCUAUCAAACGGUAGACUUUGUCGAUUCCCUGAAGAACAACCUGGAUUCACUCUCUCAUCAGAAUACCUCUCAUGUCUCUCUAUCGCCAGCUCUCAGACAUCCACUUCAGCAACGGAGAUACAUAAGGAGAUAUUGAGCAACGAAGACCACCACUCCAUCAUCGACUCGGGGUCAUCAAAUCCAACGACUAGAGGGUUUCAUCCCGAGAUCAGACCCAACGGCACUAUUUUGGUUUCCUGGUACAACCCUGAAGACCAAGAUAACCCACAUUGUUGGCCGUCAUGGAUUAAGUUCAUGGUUUACUUUCAGAUCAAUUUCUACACAUUCAUCGUCUAUAUGUCGUCUUCAAUCUUCUCGGCAGCUCAGCCGGAGUUCAUGGAUACACAUGAGGUGCCUACAUCAGUAGGCUCACUCGGCCUGGCGCUUGUUCUUCUUGGAUAUGGAGUCGGAGCUUUGCUGUUCAGUCCAUUAUCUGAGAUCCCCGCCAUUGGUCGGAAUCCUCCAUAUGUCAUUUCCAUGGCACUUUUCGUUCUUGUUAGUGGACUCGCCGUUGCAAUUGACAGUGUUCCGGGCUUUCUUGUUCUGCGCUUCCUUCAAGGCUUCUUCGGGUCACCAUGUUUAGCCACUGGCGCUGCAUCCUUGACGGAUAUCACAGAGCUAGUCAAUAUACCGUAUGGGCUAUGGAUAUGGGGUACCUGUGCAGUGGCGGCGCCUGCAAUAGCGCCUUGCAUAGCGGGAUUCAGCAUCACGGCAAAUGGUUGGAAGUGGUCUAUGUGGGAGAUUCUCUGGGGCGCGGCGCCUUGUCUUAUCUUGCUGCUGUUCCUCCCAGAGACCUCGGUCCCUACAAUCCUGCACCAGCGCGCAGCACGUCUCCGAACUCUAACCGGAAACCAAUCCUUGAAAGCCCCAUCAGAGAUCGACAGCAGCAGGUAUUCAGUCAGAUCCCUCGUACACGAAGCACUGAUUACUCCAUGGAAAAUCAAUGCUCUGGAUCCAGCUAUUCUUUUCACAACGCUAUACACAGCCCUAGUAUACGCCAUCUUCUACUCAUUCUUCGAAGUAUUCCCUCUAGUGUACCAAGGGAUCUAUAACAUGAGCACAGCAAGCACGGGUCUUGUCUUCCUGGCAGCAAUCAUCGCCGUACUCAUCGUCAUGCCGUUCUACUGUCUUUUCAUCCACUACUAUAUCGCACAACCCAUCCGCAAUGGCAAUUUCCCGCCCCCAGAACGAAGACUCAUCCCUGCCUUAUUCAUCUCCCUAUUCGUUCCAACGGGGAUGUAUCUCUUUGCAUGGACUUCGCGGGCUGAUAUUAAUUGGACAGUGCCUACAGUGGGAUUCAUGCUUAUCAUGAUGGGUGUGAUAACACUUCUGCAGUGUAUGUUUGGUUACAUGGCUGUUGCAUAUCCGAAUCAUUCGGCGAGUUUGUUUGCUAUGAAUGACUUUGCCCGGUCGACUCUUGCUUUUGCGGCGAUCUUGUGGUCUGGGCCUUUGUAUCGAAAUCUUGGAGUUGCGAGGGGGACCAGUUUGGUUGGGGCUUUGACUGUGCCGUGUGUUUUUGGGAUUUUUAUUUUGUAUUGGUUAGGCCCGGAGUUGCGGAAGCGAAGUCGGUUUGCUGCCUGA